AAAAAAAAAAAAAAAAAAAAAAAAAAAAAAAAAAAAAAAAAGGGAGAGAGAGAAAAGAAAAAGCCAAAUGCCUGGCCAGUAUCUAUAUAGGUGACAUUGUGAACUAGGAAAUGACCGCCCAAGCAAUGAUGCCCACGGCCGUUAUAAUCGCCUGCGUCCCAACCCUCUACCACACCUUCGCCGGCCUGCACUCGGGCCUAAACACAACGCAAAUCCCCGAUGGGAUCGGCCUUGAACUUCCGCAGACCAAGGCAAGCGGGUAUAUCAAUCAGUCUUCUUCUGGGGCCAGUCAGUCACAUUCGCGUUCUCGGUCGCGCGGUCGCUCGAGGAAGAACGGGCGGUCGAUGUUCGAUGGGCGGGAUACGGAUGUGGUAGUUAUCACGGAGGUUUCAACGGGUGGAGAUCAGGGGAACAGACAGUCGAGUUCUAGUGAAGGGGCGGAGAGCACAAGGCAUUUGACACAAGAUUUGCAGGGGAAGAGGGGUGUGCUGAGGGUGGUAGACAUUGAGAAGGUUAUAUAUAGAGGCUCCAGGGAGGUUGAUCGAUUGACAGAGUAGAUCAAUGCCGAUCGCAGUUCAGGUUACUGACUCUCUAAGAUAUACUAUAUAUUAGCCUAGGUCCUAGCGCAUUU